CUCACAGGUACAUGUAUUGCUUGUAUAUGUUAAGCGCUCCUCGGUAGAGCAAUUUAAGCAGUCAACCACACGUUUUGGAAAAAAGAGAGCAUACUGUACCUAAGUCAACAAGAAAAGGGAAUCCCGCGGGAGAAUGAGAGUAUCUUUAAGAGGAAUGACUAUUUUGAUCAAUAGUUUUCCUAUGGUUAUGUUGUUGACUAUAGCUUCAGCUGAUCAGUUCAAGUGCCAUAACAAGGUAGACAUGGUUAUUCUAUUGGACGUAUCAGGGAGCAUUAAAGUGAAUCAGUUUAAGAUCGCAAAGAAAUUUGCUGCUGACCUUGUAAAACACUUUGACAUUUCGAAAGUCAGGACUAAUGUGGCCAUCGCAUCAUACAGUCAAUACGUGAAAACUGGAAGGACUUUUUACGAUGAUGCUUCUCAAGAAGCUGUAUUAAAGGCGAUAGAUGGAAUCCAUUAUGAGGGAGCCGCCAGUAGACUCGAUCUUGCGUUUGGACUUGUGCAGUUUGGACUUUUCAGUGGUAAACAAGGGGCAAGGAUAUGUGAUAAAGGUGUAAAGAAGGUUGCAGUGUUUGUCACAGAUGGCAAGAGCACUAGAGGAGUAGAAUUCACAAGACAGAGUGCUGAUUCAUUAAUAGAGAGAGGUAUCACCUUAUUCUCUGUGGCUAUCUCUGAUCACGUUGAUGAAGAUGAACUUAAUGAGUUGGCAAGUACGCCAAGAAAAAGCCAUCAGCUUGUUAUAGACACCCCAGGCAAGUUCUUCACAAAAGAGCAGGUUGAACGCUUCGCAAAGGAAAUUUGCAAAAUCGACUAAACGAUAAUAUUUCACCAUAGAAAGCUGAUAAAAUUUCAACAACGACGUCUGCUACGUUAAACUAUACUUUUAUUAGAAUAUUUAACCAUUUUUUGAAUAAAUUAAUAAAACGUCAGAUUGAAAUAAAUGUAAAGGAAAAGAACGGAGAUGUCGAUUGUCCUUGUCAGAGCAUUCUGGUUAUGUAAGCGAAUAUGGAAAAAGGUAAAGUAAGCUUCUUUAUGUACUUUUUUUCUGGUCUUUACCUUUCUUGAUUAAUUGACACACUUAACCACACACCAUAGUUGAUGACCAACUCGAAUGAAAUCAAAGGGCUCUUGGAGCCAGCUCAUUCAUGCUAUGGCUUAAGUUUGUAUCGAUUUCUUGGACUUGUUGAAUAUAGGUACAGUUGAAUUCGGUUUAUGUGAAC